AUGGAUGAAGACUUUAAGACAAAGGCACUUGACUCUACUCUUCAAAGUCCAUCAGAGACAUUACUUUCUAUUCAACUGUUAGAUUUUAAAACAAGUUUAUUGGAGACAAUAGAAGAACUGCGUAUAAGAAGGGAGACAGAGAUUCAUUAUGAGGAUCAAAUAAAUAAAAUUGUUGUUGAGAAACAGGAACUUGAGUGGCAGAAGGAAGCUCUGCAGCAUCAGACUGACAUGUUGCAUCAACAAAACAAAGAAGCCGUGGCGGCUUUUAAAAAACAGUUACAGGCAAGGGUGUUUGCCAUGGAAGAAGAAAAGGGAAAAUAUCAACUUGCUGUUGAAACAAAAGAAAAAGAAAUUGAUGGACUGAAGGAAGCAUUAAAAGCGUUACGGAUUUCGAAGUACGCUUUACAAAAGAAAUUGAAUGAAAUGGAUCAAAAGUUACAGAUGCACUUAACAGCGAAAGAGGAACAUCAUAAGAAACUAAAUGAAAUUGAGAAGUGUUAUGCUACUAUUGCAUAUCAGUUUGGAAUUGUGAAAGGAGUUCAUGGAAAAUUAGAGCACAGUGUACAGGAAGCAAUACAACUCAAUAAGAAACUAACAUCAGUGAAUAAAAGACAAGAGACUGAAAUAAUUAAUCUGAAGGAAGAACUGAAGAAAGUAACUACAGACUUGAUAAGGUCCAAGGUCACAUCUCAGUACAGGGUGGGAGAAGAAAACAUCAAUCUUGCAGCAAAGGAAAAAGUGUUUCAAGAACUGCAACAAAAAAUCAUUAUGGAGACAGAAGUUAGUAAAAAAGUUCAAGAAGAGAACACUCGCAUUAAAGAAGAAAAGCUGGAAAUUCUCAGCUCUCUACAAUGUGUGCAGGAGUUGCUUCAGCGAAUAACCCAAGCGAAUGUUAGAAUGGAAGGUGAAUUAAAUGCACUGAAAGAAGAAUAUCAGACCCUUGAAAGAGAUAAUGAGCUGCAAAGGGAGAAGGCAAAGGAAAAUGAAGAAAAGUUCCUUAAUCUUCAGAAUGAGCAUGAGAAGGCACUAAGAACUUGGAAAAAAGAUGAGGAAAAUAUGAGAAAAGAGAUAGAUACUAUUAAAAAUGAGCUGAAUUCCCUUAAAGGAGUUUAUGGACGUCUUGAAGAUUAUCAUUCUCCUCAGGAAAAUCAGCAUUCUGAGCAAGCAGAAAAUCUGCAGAUGCAUUCAGCAGUUCAGCCCCUAUCAAAGAAUGGGUGUUGUCAAGAUCAAUCAAAAGACAGUGAAAUACAGUCUAUUCAGAAAGAAAAUGAGUGCAUACAAUAUAUAACGACAGACAGUAUUUUGGGACAUAAAGAAGCAGUCGGAAUAAAAAACACAAUGGACUACUCAUUAAGCACGGAAGAAAUACAGAUAGAACAAAUUUUACAAGUUCUUGAAAACACUUGUAAGGAUGAAGUUAAUGUUACUAACCCUUAUGAAGAAAAGCAAAGGGAGUCUUCUUCCAGGAAGAAUAUCCUCUGCACAGAUAGUGAUUUAAUUACCCAAGGACAAGCCUGGGAAAUACAUGCCACUGAGUGCAAAGGAGCAGAAAAUGUAGGGACAAUGCCCGGAAUGCCACUGGAGGAAAAGAAAGCAAGUUUAGAAUGUAAGCUGCAGGACAGCACUGAUUCACUGGCAGCUUUCCACAUGGAAAUUGGAAAGGUAUUUUUAGACACUAUUGACAUAGCAGGUGUCUACAAGAAGAAUGCAAGUCAGGAGACAAACUCCAGCAAGCAAGAGUUAGGCAAUGCUACAGAUGAAUCAGCUUGUACUAACGCUGACAAAAUGACAAAUACCAUACAAGACACUAAAAGUGUCCUUACGACUGAAGCACCCAACAAAGAGUCUGCAGUGGUCUUUAGCAGUGAGGAUAAUGGUGGGCCUGAGAGAAGUACAGACAGUCAUCAAGCUAAGGAAUUAAAUUGUGGCAUCCUAUCUUCUACUAAAGAAAAUCAUCAGGCAGAAUACCAGGAAUGUAGCUUGCUGGACAGUGACAAUUAUGUAGAUAACACACUACGUGAAACAGAAAAAAACUUGUUAAAUCAGAGUGAUUUACGUACAGAUAAAUUUCUAUGUAAACAGAAACACGUAGAUGUUGAAGAGAGAAAUUACAAAGACAAUGCCCGAGCUAUAAGCAGAAAUGAUGCUCUACUGAGUGUAGUUUUUCCUGCAGCUGAUGCUGCGAAUUUCCCCACUGUUUCUUGUGAUAAGGUGAGCGGUGAUGACAUCGCAAAGGACUGGAGCAGUACCAGGCCUCUUAGAGGUACUUCCAGUGUAUCUGCAGAAGCAGAUGGAGGCAUAAAGGGGAAUGACAUGCCAAGCAACCAACCCAAACAUGCCAGUACUGAGGAAACAGGCAGUGAUACAAAUGCAUGCGCUUUGGAUGCUGAAAACAUAUCUACAGUAAAUACUGCUGAUGUUGAAAUAAUCAUUCAUAAAGAAAUCUCAAAAGACAGAAGCAGUACAGAUAAACUAACACCGUCUGAAAAAGUUAAUGAUGAUAAGCAGAUAGAACCCAUCAAAAAUGAACUUUCCUUGGAGGUUAAUGAUAAUUCAAUAAAUAAUGCAUUGUUAAAAGAGAAGAAAGAUUCACUAAAUAAUACAGUUCCAGGAAGUAAGUUUGCUGAGGGUCACCUGAAAGAAUCAUGCCCCUUACCCAUGAGAACAUCUGGAAAUUUAGUAAACAUAAGUGGAAGGUCAUCCUUUGAUCUCUCAGCCUCUAAUAAAAAAAAUGAGAAAAUGCAAGUAUACUUAAAUUUUUUAGAUCUCAGUUCUUGUUCAAGAGUAAAUCAAGUGAGAAGUCAAACAAUGUGGACUUCAGCUUUACAAGAACCUUCCCUUUUGAAAGAGAAACUACCAGGUCCAGCAGAAAACAGAAAGAUUAUUUCAAAAACACAGUAUCAAAAUCUCAGUGGAAGUGUUGUCAGGAAAGAAAUGGGACUAGGUUCUACCAGUUUCAAGAGAGCUGCCAACACUUUGAAAAUCUGUAGUAUCCACCAAGACCCCCAGGGAGACCCUAGUGAAGAAUGGAAUGCUCCAGCAAAGACUUUUUAUGAUUCUUCUUUUCCCACAGAACAUGUGAAGGAAGGAUUUGAUGUUUUAAAGCAUGAGCAGAAGUCUUCACAUAUGACUUUAACUCCAGUAGUGAGUGAAAGUGCACUCAGAGAUGUAGACAGGUGUUCUACUCAGAACUUCAAUAUAGUAAGUCAAAUAGAAGAAAUAGAGAAGUUCUUGAAUUUGGAAAGACUUCAUUCAUCAAGAAAGAGAAAAUAUGAAGAAAGCUGA